GCCGCAGGGAAUAUUGAGAAGACCUAUGUUUGGGCGCUCCAAACAGCAUCUUCCCAGUCCUCCUCUUCUUUUAUAAUUAGUAGCAAAGAUUAACAGAAACACCAAAGAUCAACACAUUGGUGUUCUUCCAAACUCCAAACUUCAUCUCACUGCAAUGGCCCUCUCAUCUAGCAUCACUUGCCAUGAAAACUCUUCUCUUGCUCGCCAUUUCGUUCACGGCGUCAAUAAUUGUAGUUUCUCUAGAUUGCACCACUCUCUCCGACUCAGUAGUUUGAGAUUUCCGGCGAACGUCCGGGCCGUCCACGUGGAGAAUCCGUCGACGGUGCAACAGUCUCUAGCCCGAGAUUUAGUUCUUCCCAAGGAAGGACACGACCUUCUUUUGCCAUUCCAAUUCGACCACUACAUGGCCACAAAGGCCAAGCUAGUGAACCAAGCCCUAGACAUGGCAGUCCCUUUGCAACACCCUCUAAAGAUCCAUGAAGCAAUGAGGUACUCCCUCCUUGCUGGCGGGAAGCGCGUCCGGCCGAUCCUCUGCCUGGCCUCGUGCGAGCUCAUCGGCGGUGACGUGUCCUCCGCGAUGCCAAUGGCAUGCGCGGUCGAGAUGAUCCACACCAUGUCGCUCAUCCACGACGACCUCCCCUGCAUGGACAAUGAUGACCUCCGCCGCGGGAAACCCACCAACCACAAGGUGUUCGGCGAGGAGACUGCAGUCCUCGCAGGAGACGCCCUCCUCUCGCUGGCCUUCGAGCACGUGGCGGCCAGGAUGGACCCCGAUGUCCCCGCCGACAGCCUCGUCCGGGCCAUCGCCGAGCUCGGCUUGGCCGUUGGGUCCAAGGGACUCGUGGCGGGGCAGAUAGUGGACAUCGCGAGUGAGGGGAAGGAGAUCAGCUUGGGGGAGCUGGAGUACAUCCACAUCCACAAGACGGCGAAGCUCUUGGAGGCGUCGGUUGUGUGCGGCGCGAUCGUCGGUGGGGGGAAUGAGAGCGAAGUAGAGAGGGUGAGGAAGUAUGCGAGGUGCAUAGGGCUGCUGUUCCAGGUGGUGGACGACAUAUUGGACGUGACCAAAUCGACCCAAGAGCUGGGCAAGACCGCCGGGAAAGACUUGGCAAGCAAUAAGGCAACGUAUCCAAAGCUAAUGGGGAUCGAGAAGGCCAUGGAAUUCGCCGGCGAAUUGGUGAAGAAAGCCAUUGAAGAGCUUGUUCAUUUCGAUGCUGCAAGAGCAGCGCCUUUGUUGCAUUUAGCAAAUUAUAUCGCCACUAGACACAAUUAAAUUUUUGAGGACCACGCAUAUGAUGCGCCACUUUCUAUUCGAUCUCGUCCAGGAUGUACUAUGUAAUUGUACGUACAUGUGUCGGGGUGCUACAAGAUUGGUUUCUCUUCUUCGUAUUGCAAGUAAAUUAAAUCUUGUGCUUUAUGAUC